AUGGUUUUUGAAGUAGUUCGUAGAAGACUUCAGGCUUCUGUGGGGGCGUUGAAGUUACCAGCAAAUCAAGCAAAUGCAAUAAUAGCAGAUGCAGCUGCAUUUGAGGUGCUAGAGAAAAAGUUGUUUAGUGAAGAUUCUCAAAAUGAGAACAAGUUCUUCUCUGACCGUCUCAAGGAUGAUUUCGAUCAACCGGCUCUUGUUCACAAAGGAGCUCUCUACAAAUUCCUUGAUCUUAUGAAAAGAUCAGACUUGGAAACCCAGAUGAAGCAAUUUUCGGAACAGAUUAAAAAAAAAGAGGUGGAACAACCAAUUAUAUUCGUGGGUAAUUCUAUAGGAGGUGCUAUGGCAACACUAGCUACAAUCUCCUUUCUGGAUAAGAGGAUGAAAAAUAUCUAUCCUUUGUGCAUUACAUUUAGCUCUCCUUUGGUGGGAAAUGUUGCUCUUAGAGGAUCAAUUGGUUCCCAAGAUUGGCUUGGAAGAUUUUGUCAUGUGGUUUCAAAACAUGAUUUUGUUCCUCGCAUGCUCCUUGCACCUUUUGAAUCGAUUGCACUACAUUUGAUUUCAAUUUUCUCUCAGGGAGAGAUAAUAAUGGGCAAUGAUUUUGAUCCUAUACAAGCUUGCAGGGAACUUCUUGACAAUGUCAAGUGCCUUGGAAAGUCUAGCCCAUAUAAACCUUUUGGUAUUUAUAUGAUCUGUUCAACCCAGGGAGUAGCUUGUAUUGAGGACAGUCAAGCUGCCUUGGAGAUGCUAAUUUUAACUUUGCAAAGCACUGAAGAAAAUGGUAUUGCCGAUGCAUUGAUUUCAGAGCACAAAAGUUAUGGUGAUAAGUUGAAAAAUGUUUUUGAAAGUGGAUACUCAACAAGAGCUUCAAACAUCUUCCCAGAAUCCUCCGUUGAGAUGGGAAUAGCAUUGCAAUUAGAAGCCAUGGGCUUUCAGACUCUGACUAAAUCUGCAUUUGAUGCCUUGAAAAAAGCUGCAGAUUUGAAAAACAAGCAUGACAUGGACAUUAAGGACCUAAAUUCAAAGUUGAGCAAGAACCAAAGUAGACUGGCAGAGCUGGAAUGCAAUUGCCCAGUGACUUCCGAUACCAAAACAAAAUGGAUCAAUGCUGGAACUACAUACAGAAGACUUGUAGAGCCCCUGGACAUUGCAAACUUCUAUCAUCUGCACAGCGAUAGGGGAAGUUGUCUCUCAAUUAAGAAUAGGCUGCUCCGUCAUAGGGUUCUGGAAAAAUGGCUGGAUGACAAAAACCAAACUCGCAUUGAAAGAGGUAGAGGGAGGAAAAAGACUCGCACAAAGUUUGCAUCCUUAACUGAGGACUCUCGCUUUUGGGCUCGUGUAGAAGAAGCUGAUAAAGACUUGACAAAUCUCCAGCCAAAGAAAGAGCAAACUAUCAUUGCCCAUCUCAAGAAAAGCCUCAAAGAUUUUGAAGCUUAUGUGUCGAAGAUGAUCAAGGAGAAAAGUAUUUCCAUGGAGGUUUUCUUUGAAGAGAGCGGCUUCAUGAUAUGGUGGAAGAAAUACAGAGAGUUUCAGCAGCAACACUCAGAAGAGUGGAAUCAAGCUCCCCUUUCCUCAAAUCCAUGGAAAAGGAGAAAUUGGGAGUUCAGAAGACAGGUUUUUGAUUCAGUUUUAUAG